GCGAAGUACAAUUAUGAUCUGCGAUGCUUAUGAUAUAUCAUGCGAUAAGAGACAAUCGCUUUGAACAAUGAACAUAACACAUGACAACGAUAGUGAUGGCAGUUUAAGUGAUGAACUGUAGUAUGUGCUCAUUGGACUUGUGAUUCUCCGACGACAUCUUAUUCCUUUAGUACAGGAAUAUGGCCAAAGCAGCGAUUCUCCUGUUGAUUUUAGGAAUGAUCCACGUCACAACGGGAGUGUCGUGUGAUGUCUGCAAAUCAACCUACGACACCAGCAUCUCAGCUGGUUCAGAUCAACAGAAAUGCACGGCUGCGAAAACGUACAUCACCUGUCUGGUGACGGCAACACAGGAAUCUGGUUGCGACAAGAGGGCAGAGAGGCUUAAGGUUGCUCAGGACGAGGUGGCCAGAGUACAUAGCAUCAUAGGACUGACGUGUGUUGUGAUCAUCUAUGUUUCAGUACUGACAGACAGCUGCUUAUGUCAAGUGGCCUUCUACAGCUCAAAUCUCAGAGACCCAGUGAACAAAUGCUAUGCAAGUGUGGUCCAAGAUCGCUGUGCCAUAGCUGCAGCUGACAGGGCCUGUGAUGACGUCACAACAAAUGCCGUGUACUCUGUGUCCACCUCCAAUACAUGGGUAGGCGCGUGCUCAGGUCAAGAUUUCAUCCGUCACUUGUCCCUGAAGGCAGCCAUUCUUGUAGCAACCGUUGCUAGACUUCUCCAGAAGCAGUAGCAAAUCAUGACGUCAUUAGAUGUCAGGAUCCGGUCGCUUAGUUACAUUUUGUUAAACAUGUUCUGCGAUGUAUUUUAUAGAUAUAUUUCAAUAAUGGCCUUAAUAUAACACGAGCAGACGUUUCAUUCAAUUACUAAAUAUGAUCAAUAUGUUUCAACACCAAACCACAUCCAUUGGGUUUAUAGUGUUUCACUUACUAAAUAAUAUCUGGAGUGCUACCUCUAUUUCUUUAUGUAUAUCUAUAUUUAUUAGUAAACUAUGCAACUCUGAAAUGUAUACAACUGAGAGUUUGACUGAAGUGUCGAGGAGCUGAAAGUGAUUUGAUUUGCUUACUGUUUUUGAAAAAUAAGUAAAAUGGUAGAUUUCAUACUUACCCAUUUAGCCAUUUAGGUAUAUAAACUUUGGCAUAUUUCUUUCUUAAAACCUUUGUAGGAAAAUAAAUUAAAAUGAACACCAAAAUACUUUUGAAAAACAAAUAUCGGUGGUCCCGACAAAGUUUGUUUUGUUAUGGUCUAAAAGAGAGAAACAUGUGAUUAUUUGAUUAAAACCUAUUUACAACUAUAUGGAAUAACCAACUUACUUGUAUAAUAGACGAAGAUCACUUGCUAUACAUAGCCUUUCAUAUAUAUGAAGGUUUUGCAUUUUUGUUGGUUCUGCAUGGUUAAUAGUAUGUACCCUGGCAACGCAAACUUGUCUAUUCCCGUUUUCAAUAGAGCUUUCAAUAAGUUUUAUAGUAGAUAUGUCGAGGACAUUUCCGAAUUUAACGCAUCAGUUACAAAAAUGGUGCCCGGAGUCAUUGGUAUUUUGACUUGUACCAUAUGUUGCCACGUUUUUUUCAAAUAAACAAUAAACUUGCCUUUGCAUUUAUUUGUGACAGGUGCCACCGAUGGGGUAGGAUACGCUCACCUU